AUGUGUUAUCAAUUCUCAUCCAUGCAUCUUUUCAAAUGGAUAAGGUUCGUUAUGCAGCGAUGUGCGGUGAUCACAGAAAUUCAAAACUUAAUUCUCCAAAAUAAGCACGUUACAUUACGCGACCUGUUUUAUCGAAAAAUUUAUCUGUUUAAAUCUCAAAGAGGUUCUAAUGAAUCGGUAGCUUUUUUUACGCAUCUGUUUGAAAUCCCUCGUUGGAGGUUACAUGUCGUCAGUAGCCCUAGGGGACUUGUUCGUGGAAAAAUGCGUUUUGAUAUAUUAAGUGGUAACCGCACAAACACUAUUUCCUGCUACACUGCAGCAGAACCAUAUGGAGUUCCGAUUCCAGCUUUUCCCGAACAAAUUGGUAAUAUAUAUCUAGAUAAAACUGUAGGUUAUGUUAUGGUUGUUGAAAAGGAAACAAUUUUUUCAAGGAUUUUAAAUACACCCAUUUUUCACAAAUUAGGAAACGGUAUACUUAUUACGUCAAAGGGAUUUCCCGAUAUUGCAACACGUGUUUUUUUAUCAAAGGUUUGGAGAGCUGCCACACAUUACAAAAGUCAUUUUCCUUUCUUUAUCGCCUGUGAUAUGGAUCCAUGGGGAAUCGCUAUAGCAAAAGCUUAUUGUUUUGCUGAAUCAGCGGAAGCCAUGUGGUAUCUACCAAAAGAUGUUUACUAUCCAAAUUAUACUAUAAUUCAUUGCGACUUUUCUGAAGCCAUUUCUUUAUGGGGACUCCCAUUAAAAGAAGUUCAAGAUAUAACUAACCGCGAUAAAAAUUUACUCAAUGCAAUUCAAACGAAAAUGGUUCAAGAUUUAUUGUUAGUCAAUACAAGUCAAAAUAAUCAAUUUCAGUCAACGCAAAAGCAAAUACUGUUUCAGAUCCUUAUGUGAAUCUAUGACUCAAUUCAAUAAACGUUUCGAGUUAGAUGCCAUUCAAGAUAUAAUAGGAUUCUUUUCAUGUUUUAUUGGUUGUUGGAUUUAAAAAAAUAAAAAAUAAAGAAUAUUGUUUUAUGAAAAAAACGAAAGAGUUAUUAUACUAGUACUGUUAGAAACAUGUGAAUAAGAUUCCCAUACGUUAUCAAUUGAAUUGUCGAAUUUGCACUUUCUAGAAUCUGUUAAAAGAGCAUGUCAUAUGUUUUUCAAAUAA